GCAGGGUAGCCGGUUGCGCGAAGGCUGGCCUGUGGUGGGUCCCGGCUGGUUGUGCAGGUUGCAGAGCAGAUCGCGGCGGCCGUCAUGACCGAGGGCACGUGUCUGCGUCGCAGAGGGGGACCCUAUAAGACAGAGCCCGCCACUGACCUCAGCCGUUGGCGACUCAGCAAUGAGAGGGGAAGGCAGGUGUGGACCUAUUUUCAAGAAGAGGACAGCCCCGGCCGGGAGCAGACUGCGCUGGAAGCUCACUCCCUGGGACUGGACACCGGGAGUUACUUUAAAGACUUGUCCAAAGCCAGCACAGCCCACGAGGGGGCUCUGAAUGGGAUGACGUUUUACAUGGGGCUGCAGGCCGAGGACGGGCACUGGGCGGGUGAUUAUGGCGGCCCACUCUUCCUCCUGCCAGGCCUCCUGAUCACGUGCCACGUGGCGCGCAUCCCUCUGCCAGCUGGAUACAAAGAAGAGAUGGUGCGGUUCCUGCGGUCGGUGCAGCUCCCGGACGGUGGCUGGGGCCUGCACGUUGAGGACAAGUCCACGGUGUUUGGGACUGCGCUCAACUAUGUGUCCCUGAGACUCCUGGGUGUUGGGCCUGACGAUCCUGACCUGGUACGAGCACGGAACCUUCUUCACAAGAAAGGUGGUGCUGUGGUCAUCCCCUCCUGGGGGAAAUUCUGGCUGGCUGUCCUGAACGUUUACAGCUGGGAAGGCCUCAACACCCUGUUCCCGGAGAUGUGGCUGUUUCCUGACUGGAUGCCUGCACACCCCUCCACACUCUGGUGCCACUGCCGUCAGGUCUACCUGCCCAUGAGCUACUGCUAUGCCACCCGGCUGAACGCUGAGGAGGACCCGCUGGUCCAGAGCCUGCGCCAGGAGCUCUAUGUGGAGGACUAUGCCGGCAUCGACUGGCCGGCGCAGAGGAACAACGUUUCCCUUGACGAUCUCUACACGCCGCACAGCUGGCUGCUCCGUGUAAUGUAUGCAAUCCUCAACCUGUACGAACGCCACCACAGCGCCAGCCUGCGGCAGCGGGCCAUCCGGAAGCUGUAUGAGCACAUUGUGGCCGAUGACCGCUUCACCAAGUGCAUCAGUAUUGGCCCGAUCUCAAAAACCAUCAACAUGCUCGUGCGCUGGCGCGUGGACGGGCCGGCCUCCUGCGCCUUCCAGGAGCACGUCUCCAGGAUCCCCGACUACCUCUGGCUGGGCCUCGAUGGCAUGAAGAUGCAGGGCACCAAUGGCUCGCAGGUCUGGGACACCUCAUUCGCCAUCCAGGCUUUUCUGGAGGCGGGUGCACACCACAGGCCCGAGUUUUCGUCCUGCCUGCAGAAGGCGCAUGAGUUCCUGCGGAUCUCACAGGUCCCAGAGAACCCGCCCGAUUACCAGAAGUACUACCGCCAGAUGAGCAAGGGCGGCUUCCCCUUCAGCACUCUGGAUUGUGGCUGGAUCGUCGCCGACUGCACAGCUGAGGCCUUGAAGUCUGUCCUCCUCACGCAGGAAAAGUGUCCUUUUGUCACCACGCACAUCCCGCGAGAGCAGCUCUUUGAUGCUGUUGCUGUGCUGCUGAGCAUGAGAAACCCUGAUGGGGGAUUUGCCACCUACGAGACCAAGCGUGGGGGGUACCUGCUGGAGCUGCUUAACCCCUCGGAGGUCUUUGGGGACAUCAUGAUCGACUACUUGUAUGUGGAAUGCACCUCAGCCGUGAUACAGGCGCUGAAACAUUUCCACAAGCAGUUUCCAGAGCACAGGCCGCGGGAAAUCAGGGAGACCCUCGAGCAGGGCCUGGAGUUCUGUCGUCGGAAGCAGAGGGCUGACGGCUCCUGGGAAGGCUCCUGGGGGGUUUGCUUUACCUACGGCACCUGGUUCGGGCUGGAAGCUUUUGCCUGCAUGGGGCACAUUUACCGCGACGGGACUGCCUGUGCAGAGGUCACCCAGGCCUGCGACUUCCUGCUGUCCCAGCAGAUGGCGGACGGAGGCUGGGGGGAGGACUUCGAGUCCUGUGAGCAGCGGCGUUACGUGCAGAGUGCCCAGUCCCAGAUCCACAAUACGUGCUGGGCCCUGAUGGGGCUGAUGGCCGUCAGGCAUCCUGAUGUAGAGGCCCUAGAGAGAGGAGUCAAGUGUCUGCUCAGAAAACAGCUCCCCAAUGGUGAUUGGCCCCAGGAAAACAUCUCCGGGGUCUUCAACAAGUCCUGUGCCAUCAGCUACACAAGCUACAGGAACGUCUUCCCCAUCUGGGCUCUCGGCCGCUUCUCCUGCCUGUACCCCAAAAGUGCCCUCGCUGGCCACCCUUGAGAGGGGGGCCUAUGGGUGCCUGACCGGUGGGUGGCGGGCACAGGCGUCCUGUGGGGAUGCUGAGUAAGACUGGAGCAUCUUGCCGGGACAUGGGUGCCCCUGUAGCCCUGCCCCUCACUGCCUCACUCCCCACUUCUGGAGGGAGUCCAGGGACCAGGCCUGCCUAGGGGCAUGGCUGGGAGGGCUUUCUUGACCAAUAACAGUUCUCAGCAGUUGUGCCUUAUCUGACUCCUGCCCGGGGCUGGGCUCACCCCCAGGGUGGCUCUUCCUGCGUCUCCUGUCUGUUGGACUGGGAGGUGACAGCCGGGGCAGAGAGGCUGGGCCUGCCUCUUUACCAUGGCCACCCAGGGCUCGGUGGGUAUGCACAAGCAUAACAAAGAAUAGGGGUUGUUAGUGGCUUGUGGUUACCACCGAGGGGCAUCGCUGUGUGCCAGGGACAGCUGAGCACCCAGCCUGUCAGUCACUGCCCACGGAAGCUGGCCAGGCAGGUGUGAUGCCCAAGGCACUUGAGUGGCUGCUGUGAAAACACACCCUAGUUUUCUCUGAGCUGAAGUGGGAGCCAGAUUUCCGGGAGAUGCUUCUUGGGUGGUAAACCUCUCAGUUCCCCUCUGGCUAGUCUAAACCUUCCUGGUUCAGUGUGCAUGGACUUGGGGCUCAGAAAUGGAAAAUCAGGGACCUGGGUUUGCCUUUGACUUAUGAGGAUAAUCGGCUCACAUACUCACGGCCUCCACUGGGGUGUAGCUGUGAAGAGUCCCCAAGAGCUUUGAUAAGAAUAAAACUCAGGCCUGGUGUCCCCCGAGGCCCCACCCUAACACCACCUCCACCUGCCGUUUCUCUUGCUGCCUCCUGGACUGAUGGCAGCCCCACACGGCAGUCCCCGGGCCACCUGUCCUCCCGGACAGCAGACAACGUCUGGAAGCCCCGCCGCCCUUGUCAUUGCCUGCCCAGAACCCGUCAGGGCCCGAGGCUUUGCACAGGUGGCCUUCCUCCUGCUGCUCUCGCGGCCCUGGGCCCUGUCCCGGGCUGUCCGGGCUCACCAGCUGCUCAGUUUCAGGGAACAGGAGUAGCUGCCUGAAGAUAAGCAGGUGCGUCUCCAGUUAUUUCAGGGGAAAAUAUUUGCCUCAACUCGAUUAACAAUCCAGGUCUCUAUCCUGGGUAAAUCAUUAAGAGUCUUGAAUUCAAAUUAUCUUAUUUUCAGUGACCAGAUUUUGAAUAUUAUGCUGGGAAAUGUUCUCUGGAGUCAUACUAGCUUUUCUGCGUUCAGCAUGAUGUGAACUUUACACCCUUUCUUUGAGGAAAUGUUUAACUCUCAGUGGAAACUUACCUCUAAAAGACUACUUUUCCUUAAUAACACAAUCAUUGUUGCUACAUCAAUUUAAUUGAGGCAAUAAAAAUGUUUAAGAGCCCUA